AUGCAACUUUGUGAGUCAUUUUGGAAGGAAGUUGAUUACGUGAAGCACGUGUGGAAGAACAGGCAGGAACUGAAGGUUGAGGAUGCUGACAUUGCUGCUUUGUUUGGGCUGGAGUGCUUUGCAUGGUAUUGUGUUGGUGAGAUUGUGGGAAGGGGAUUCACAUUCACUGGUUACUAUCCCUGA